UGUGAUAUGGAAAAACUAGAGGAUUUAACAUUCCUUGAAGUUUUGUUGGAAGCAAAACUGUGUUAGAGACACAGAUAUACAGUGUAAGGUUUCUCUUUUUGGCAAUCGUAUUUGCUUUGAAGGAGCCAACUAUCAGCUGGAUUUCACAGCAUAAGCGAUUUAUAGUCUUUGUUUUAUCAAGGCCUUAAAUGGGUGUUUUAUACUGAGCAGAUGGGAACCACAUUGAGCGCUCUGUUUGACAUGAUUGCCUAAGGAAAGGAACUCCCUGAUGGAUCAUGGCGUUAAUGUUUACAGGACAUUUCUUAUUUUUAGCAUUAGUGAUGUUUGCUUUCUCUACUUUUGAGGAAUCUGUAAGCAAUUACUCUGACUGGGCAGUUUUUGCAGAUGACAUAGAUCAGUUUAAGACACAGAAAGUGCAAGAUUUCAGAUCCAACCAAAAGCUGAAGAAAAGUAUGCUUCAUCCAAGUUUAUAUUUCGAUGCGGGAGAAAUCCAAGCAAUGAGACAAAAGUCUCGCACAAGCCAUUUGCACCUUUUUAGAGCUAUCAGAAGUGCAGUGACAGUUAUGCUGUCCAACCCAACAUACUACCUACCUCCACCCAAGCAUGCUGACUUUGCUGCCAAGUGGAAUGAAAUUUAUGGUAACAACCUGCCUCCUUUAGCAUUGUACUGUUUGUUAUGCCCAGAAGACAAAGUUGCCUUUGAAUUUGUCUUGGAAUAUAUGGACAGGAUGGUUGGCUACAAAGACUGGCUGGUUGAGAAUGCACCAGGGGAUGAGGUCCCGGUUGGCCAUUCCUUAACAGGCUUUGCCACUGCCUUUGACUUUUUAUAUAACUUACUAGAUGAUCAUCGAAGACAAAAAUACCUGGAAAAAAUAUGGGUGGUUACUGAGGAAAUGUAUGAGUAUUCCAAGGUCCGCUCAUGGGGCAAACAACUUCUUCAUAACCACCAAGCUACUAAUAUGAUAGCACUGCUCACCGGGGCUUUGGUGACGGGGGUGGAAAAAGAAUCUAAAGUAAAUUUAUGGAAACAAGUUGUAGUAGAUGUGAUGGAAAAGACCAUGUUUCUGUUGAAUCAUAUUGUCGAUGGUUCUUUGGAUGAAGGUGUGGCGUAUGGAAGCUACACAGCUAAAUCAGUCACACAGUAUGUUUUCCUGGCCCAGCGCCAUUUUAAUAUCAACAACUUGGAUAAUAACUGGUUAAAAAUGCACUUUUGGUUCUAUUAUGCCACCCUUUUACCGGGCUUCCAAAGAACUGUGGGUAUAGCAGAUUCCAAUUAUAAUUGGUUUUAUGGUCCAGAGAGCCAGUUGGUUUUCUUGGAUAAGUUCAUCUUAAAGAAUGGAGCUGGGAAUUGGUUAGCUCAGCAAAUUAGAAGGCACCGACCUAAAGAUGGACCAAUGGUCCCCUCCACUGCCCAGAGGUGGAGCACUCUUCACACUGAAUACAUCUGGUAUGAUCCCCAGCUCACCCCACAGCCUCCUGCUGAGUAUGGUACGGCAAAAAUGCACACAUUCCCUAACUGGGGUGUUGUCACUUACGGGGCUGGGUUGCCAAAUACCCAGACCAAUACCUUUGUGUCUUUUAAAUCUGGGAAACUAGGUGGUCGAGCUGUGUAUGACAUAGUUCACUUUCAGCCCUACUCCUGGAUUGAUGGGUGGAGAAGCUUUAACCCAGGACAUGAGCAUCCAGAUCAGAACUCAUUUACUUUUGCUCCCAAUGGGCAAGUAUUUGUUUCCGAAGCUCUCUAUGGACCCAAGCUGAGCCACCUUAACAACGUAUUGGUGUUUGCGCCAUCGCCCACGAGCCAGUGCAACAAGCCCUGGGAAGGUCAACUGGGAGAAUGUGCACAGUGGCUCAAGUGGACCAGUGAGGAGGUUGGUGACGCAGCAGGGGAAAUCAUUACUGCCUCUCAACAUGGGGAAAUGAUCUUUGUGAGUGGGGAGGCAGUGUCUGCUUACUCUUCAGCAAUGAAGCUGAAAAGCGUGUAUCGUGCCCUGCUUCUCCUAAAUUCUCAAACUUUGCUAGUUGUCGAUCACAUUGAGAAGCAAGAUGAUUCCCCAAUAAAAUCUGUCAGUGCCUUCUUUCAUAACCUGGAUAUUGAUUUUAAGUACAUCCCCUAUAGGUUUAUGAACAAGUAUAACGGCGCCAUGAUGGACGUGUGGGAUGCACACUACAAAAUGUUUUGGUUUGAUCACCAUGGCAGUAGCCCCGUUGCUAGUAUACAGGAAGCAGAGCAAGCUGCUGAAUUUAAGAAACGGUGGACCCAGUUUGUUAACGUUACAUUUCAGAUGGAAUCCACAAUCACCAGAAUUGCGUAUGUCUUUUAUGGGCCAUAUGUCAAUGUUUCCAGCUGCAGAUUUACUGAUAAUUCCAACUCUGGACUUCAGAUUUCUCUCAACGUCAAUAAUACUGAACAUGUUGUCUCCAUUGUAACUGACUACUACAACCUGAACACAAGAUUCAAUUACCUGGGAUUUGGUGGCUUUGCCAAUGUGGCUGAUCAGGGCCAAAUCACCCGAUUUGGUUUGGGCUCUCAAGCCAUAGUAAGGCCCGUAAGACAGGAUAAAGUUAUUUUCCCCUUUGGGUUUAAAUUUAAUAUAGCAAUUGGGUUGAUUUUGUGCAUUGGCUUGCUGAUUUUAACUUUUCAGUGGCGGUUUUACCUUUCUUUUAGAAAGCUAAUGCGAUGGAUCCUGACACUUGUUGUUGUCCUGUGGUUUAUCGAGCUCCUGGAUGUGUGGAGCACUUGCACUCAGCCCAUCUGUGCAAAAUGGGCAAGGACGGAGGUGGAGGCCAGCGCCACGUCUGUGUCUUCCCAAGGGCACCACGUUGAUCGUCCCGAUGUUGUCAUUACCUCACUUCCUGGUUCAGGAGCUGAAAUUCUCAAACAACUAUUUUUCAACAGUAGUGAUUUCCUCUACAUCAGGGUUCCCACAGCAUACAUUGAUAUCCCUGAAACAGAAUUUGAAAUCGACUCCUUUGUAGACGCCUGCGAAUGGAAGGCAUCAGAUAUCCACAGUGUGCAUUUCCGUCUGCUCCGAGGCUGGUUGCAGUCUUUAGUCCAAGAUACAAAACUGCAUUUGCAAAACAUCCAUCUGCAUGAAUCCAGUAGGGGUAAACUGGCCCAAUAUUUUACAGUGAAUAAGGACAAGAAAAGAAAACCGAAAAGGAGAGAGUCUUUGUCGGAACAAAGAAGUAGAAUGAAAGGCGCCUUUGAUAGAGACGCUGAAUACAUUAGGGCUUUGAGGAGACACCUGGUUUACUUCCCGAGCGCACGGCCUGUGCUCAGUCUCAGCAGCGGGAGCUGGACCUUAAAGCUUCAUUUUUUUCAGGAAGUUUUGGGAUCUUCGCUGAGGGCAUUGUAUGUAGUAAGGGACCCUCGGGCGUGGAUUUAUUCAAUGCUCUACAGUAGCAAACCGAAUCUUUACUCUCUGAAGAAUAUACCAGAACGCUUAGCUAAACUGUUUAAAGUAGAGGGAGGUAAAGGCAGAUGUAGCUUAAAUUCGGGCUAUGCUCUGGAGUAUGAAUCAUUAAGGAAAGAAUUAUCAAAACCCAAGUCUAACGCAGUCUCCCUGUUGUCUCAUUUGUGGCUGGCACACACAGCAGCAGCCCUGAGAAUAAACACAGAUUUGCUACCUACCAGCUACCAGCUGAUCAAGUUCGAAGAUAUUGUGCAUUUCCCCCAGAAAACCACUGAAAGGAUUUUUGCCUUCCUUGGCAUCCCUUUGUCUCCUGCUAGUUUAAACCAAAUAUUGUUUGCCACUUCCACGAACCUUUUCAAUCUUCCCUACGAAGGGGAAAUAUCACCAAGUAAUACUAAUGUUUGGAAACAAAACUUGCCUAGAGAUAAAAUUAAACAGAUUGAAAACAUCUGCUGGACACUGAUGGACCGUCUAGGAUAUCCAAAGUUUAUGGACUGAGUGCUGCAGGUCAGCAGAAAUUUGCACUAAUACUUUCCAACCCAGUUUGUGGACAUGGAUUAGAAGAGUUUGUUUAUUCUUGUACUGUGUGUGUGUGUGUGUGCGUG